CCAAAUGAAGGCCCCUCCCAUGCAUUAGGAAUCUAGACACACCUAGACAUGACAACAAACCUUUAUUUCUUCUUCUUCUUCUUCUCUUAUCAUUGCCAACAAAACAAGAAACGUAUCCAUUCUCCAAUCCCCAACACACACACACACACACACCUAUAUCAUAAUUAUUACAUCUCAACUACCCACACGCCUAAACGUGCUUACCCGUUAUUCAGUUAAUUAGUUAGUUAUAUCUUAAUCCUCUUUUUUUCUCUCUUUCUCUAGAGAAGAAGAACAAAGAGUGUCGUGUGUGUGUUUGAAAAUGGAAACGAAGAAACCAAUAUCCAAACAGACUUACAAAUUUUGCUUCUGCUGCCGGCGGCGGUUCAAGCUCACCGUAUCGGAGGCGCCGCCGGAGAUAAAAACCCUCUUCCAGAGCUACUCCGAUGAGAACGAAAUCAUGACAGCUUCUCACCUCCGCAACUUCCUCGUUGAGGUGCAGAGGCUUGAGAAGGCCACCGAGGAGGAAGCUCAGGCCAUCAUCGAUCGCCAUAAGCAUUUGAGUAUCUUCCAUCGAAGGGGACUCAAUCUUGAUGGUUUCUUCAAGUACCUCUUCAGUGAUGAUAAUCCACCUCUGUUACCUUCUCUUGGGGUGUACCAUGACAUGUCUUUACCGUUGUCCCAUUAUUUCAUAUAUACUGGUCAUAAUUCCUAUCUAACUGGAAAUCAGCUUAGCAGUGACUGCAGUGAUGCCCCCAUCAUCAAUGCGCUGGAGAGAGGUGUGAGGGUGAUUGAACUAGAUAUAUGGCCUAAUGCAUCAAAGGAUGAUGUGGAUGUUCUUCAUGGAGGGACAUUGACUAGCCCUGUUGCGCUCAUCAAAUGUUUGAGGUCUAUUAAGGAUCAUGCCUUUCUCGUGUCAGAAUAUCCCGUUGUAAUAACCUUAGAAGACCACCUUACUCCGGAUCUUCAGGCCAAAGUGGCUGAGAUGGUCACUCAAACAUUUGGGGACAUUCUAUUUGCUCCUACCUCAGAAAGCUUGAAGGAAUUUCCUUCUCCUGAAUCUCUUAAAAAGAGGAUUAUCAUAUCAACUAAACCACCUAAGGAGUACCUUGAGGCAAAAGAAGAGAAGGAAAAAGAGGAGGAAUCACAUAAGGGAAAGCCUCCAGGCGAUGAAGAAGCAUGGGGGAAGGAAGUCCCGAGUUUGAGAGGUGGUACUAUAACUGAUUACAAGCAGAAUAGCGGGGAUGACGAUGUUGAUGAUGACGAGGAAGAUGAUGAUGCAGAAAAGUCACGCCAAGACGUAUCAGCUGAAUAUAGAAGUUUAAUUGCCAUUCAUGCUGGCAAGCCUAAAGGCGGAUUAGAGGAAUGCCUCAAAGUGGAUCCUGAUAAAGUGAGACGUCUAAGUUUAAGUGAGCUUCAGCUUGAAAAUGCUGCUAUAACUUAUGGAAAAGAAAUUGUCAGGUUUACUCAGCGGAAUAUACUGAGGGUGUAUCCAAAAGGUACACGCAUUACCUCGUCAAAUUAUAACCCAUUGAUUGGGUGGAUGCAUGGUGCUCAGAUGGUUGCCUUUAACAUGCAGGGGUAUGGGAGAUCUCUAUGGUUGAUGCAAGGAAUGUUCAAAGCCAAUGGUGGAUGCGGUUAUGUGAAAAAACCAGAUUUUCUAUUAAAAACUGGUCCCAAUAAUGAGGUCUUUGAUCCUAAAGUUCAAUUGCCUGUGAAGACUACUUUGAAGGUGACUGUAUAUAUGGGGGAAGGAUGGUAUAAUGAUUUCAAGCAUACUCACUUUGAUCAAUUCUCACCUCCAGACUUCUAUGCAAGGGUGGGGAUUGCUGGAGUCCCUGGUGAUACUGUUAUGAAGAAAACUAAGGCAGUAGAGGAUAAUUGGUUGCCUUCUUGGAAUGAGGUAUUCGAGUACCCACUCACUGUUCCGGAAUUGGCUCUGCUUCGCAUAGAAGUUCAUGAGUAUGACAUGUCUGAGAAGGAUGACUUUGGAGGGCAGUCAUGCUUACCUGUGUGGGAACUAAGUAGCGGAAUUCGAGCAGUUCCACUGCAUUCCCGCAAAGGUGACAAGUACAACCAUGUAAGGCUUCUCAUGCGCUUUGAGUUCAUCUAAUUUUGCGCAUCCUUCUACUCCAUACUUGUACAGCCGUUAUUCAUGUGUUAUUAAGAAUCUGAGUGUAUGUAGCUGUGUAAUGUUGUAAAUGUUGCUUAUUUUGAAUGAUUUUUUUUUCUUUUGGUAUUUACCGGAAUGUACAAGGGUGUGAGACUUAUCUGCUGUGGUAUAUUGAUGUUGUCUCUCCCGAAGAGUGUGUUUCCAUGGAUUUUGAAUGAUGCUUUAAGAAAUAAAAUGUGUUCACAAUGUUUUGUUUA